CUGUGCUUAGCAUGUUGCGGCGCAACAAUGCCGAUCCGGUCAUACGGCAGCUUAUUCUGCGCACUGCAGUCCUCAAUUAUCUUGGCAAGAGUCUGCGGGAGCAUUAUAAAGAAUAUUUCAUUUUGAGCGUCAAGAUUGGGAGUGCUCUAGAGCUGCCGACUGAUUCCGAGCUAUUUGAGUUGCAACGGCUGAAGACGUCUGCCACCCAUCGUCUGCUGAUGCGGGAGUACCAAGAACUGUUGGCCUACAUGUUGGACAAGAGCGAUCUGUGGGACAGUCCGGAGUACUUCAAGGCCAAGUCGGCCCUUGGGGCGGCUAUCCACAAUCUACGGGUUUGUGCACCCACCACACCAAUGGACUAAAACCAGCCGAUAUACAACAAUUCCAUUCAAUCAGUAUAUAUACAUACAUAGUGAAACGAUC